GUUUGUUUGAGCUCACUUUCUCAAAAUGGCGAGCCAAGCACCUUACGAGAGCGCAAGCUCGCUAUAUCUUCCAUCUACCGAUUUGACCCCCUAUCAUCCAUUGCCAGAGGAAAUCCUUCAAAUGUCCGAAGCUGAGACAGCAUGUCAGUACUGUGGAAUAUCAUACCUUCUUCUGACAAAGUAUGAGCGUAUGCAAGAACAUGUCAAGGGAUUGGAAAAGGACUUGCGCAGCAUGCAGGAUUAUGCUCGUGAGAGGCCUGAAUUACUAGCUCGAAUGGAUUCAUUAAGCGACGCACAACAAAAAGCCGCUCGGAAAAAUGAGGCAUUAGAGGAACAGUUGAAGAAGGUGCAGGAAGAUGCACAGAAAUCUCGAAUGGCUUUAGAAGAUGCGCAGGCCGAGAAUCAAAGGGUUACCAAUGACCUAGAAGUAUCGCGACAGAAAUAUUCAAAAGCAAAGGAAGAUCAGCGACGGCAAAUACACGAGCUUGUCCAAAUUCUCACGAGUAUACGCGCGGAACUUUUAGAUCAACGAAAGCAAGUCAAUAUAGUGAAGGCAGAUGUGCGACAGACGUAUUCGCGCAACCUCCGAGAGAUCCUGCCAACCGUUCAGCAGGGGUUGACCGGCCAGUUUAAUUCCUAUCUGCGUAAACAGUGUGAAGCGGUUCGAAAGGCAACGCAGCUGAAAGCUCAGGGGGAUAUGGGGAUUCUGCAAAAGGAGUUGGAUAACCUACGAGGGGAAUUGCAGGACAGCCAAGACCGAAAUGAUCGCCUUAUGCAUGAUAUAAACAUCCAGAAACUGGAAGCAUCCGAGCAUAUAAAUACGCAAAAAAAUUACGCCCAAGGUUUACAAGCGACUUGCUUGAAAUUGGAGGACCAGCUGCAUGCCGCAAAUACCCUGGUUGCGGACUUGACGCAUGAACGUGAUAAGCUCCGCACCCGAAUGCAUGAGCUAGAGAGCCGCUUUUCUCAAGAAAAAGAUCUUCAUCAGAAAGACAUAUGUGCUCUCGAGAACAGGAUCGCCGUGUUGGAUGGGAAAGUUGCACUCAAGGAGAGAGAAUUGAAAGAAGCAUUGGACAGGUUCAAGGAAGAGCGGAGGUCUCUGGAGGAAGGAGGCACUGCUCUCGCCAAUGCUCACAGAGCCAUGGCGCAAAAAGAUGAACAAGUCCACGUUUUGGAGCGCACUGUCCGGGAUCUUCAUUCGACAAUGCAAGGCUUACGCGCGGAAAGGCAAAAAACCAUCGAAGCGCAUCAAAGUAGGAUAAAACAGCUUCAAGAUAAGUUCCUGGAAGACAUCAAAGAAGCCGGACGAACGGAGGCCGACAAACGUGAAGCAGAACUUCGCCGAACCUUGACAGCUGAUAAAGAGGAAGCACUUCGACAUCUCAGAGAGACUUUGAAUACGGAAAUGAAUGUUGCGCGGGAUCGUCUGCAGCGACAAAUUGAUGCAUUGCGGCUCGCGAAAGAUGAAGCAGAUCUUCGGGCGGCUCGCCAAGUGACGCACGCUGAAGAAAAUUGGGAGCGAAAGUACGCCGUAUUGAAUGAGCAGCUCAGCAAGUUGCAGUCAUCCAAUGCCGCAGACUUCGCUCACUACCAAGCGCGUAUUCGGGCCCUCGAGGAACAAUUGGCACUGACAUCCGCUCGUCCAUCCUCGCAACCAUGUACUGAUCCCAAGGAGCUCGCAGAUUUGAAAUCAACACUGGCCAAAAGAGAAGCCGAAAUUAAAUUCCUAAAGGAAACGGUUCGAUUGGAAUGUGAGGAGCGGAUGGAACUCCUUGCAAAGCUUUCAAUCAUCCAACGCGGAGGAUCUGGCGAGAAGGGUGCCACAACGCCUCAGGUCAAUUAUCGCCCAAGUAGCGCUACCCCACAAAAGUUAUCACAGACACAGUCGAUGCCGCAUCUGCCCCCUGCACGCGAAAUGACGAGCCCAUCAGACCCAGGGGAGAAAACAUUCCAGGCGCUCAUGAAAGCGGCAGCAGCUAAAAAGGGUAAGGUCCUGGCCGCACGAUCGAGUGCGGACCUGAGGAGUAGUGCAGUAUUAGCCAGGGGGGCGGCAACCAGGUCGUCGUGGAGUAUGGGCACUGGAAGAAGAAAAUAAAUUGUGUACUUUUUUUUUAGCUAUCUACAUGGUGUUGAAGGAUGAAGCCCACUUCUAUGCCAUCUAAGUCAAAAUCUUCCUAAUAAUUGAUAUCUCUUGGCUUCAUAUGAAACCCAUUUCACAU